AUGAGCGACUCUGUAUCCGCCAUCAGCACCCUCCCACCGCUCAUCUUCGCAUCAGUCCUCUCAGCCUACGGUCUGUACCUGUGCAAAGAGAAUAUCACCCGCCUGCAGCAAUACGAAAAAGCCUCCGAAGAAGCCGCCGAAUGGAGCAACACAGCUGCCCAGCGGCUAAACAAAACACGCUCAACGCAGACCAGCGGGACGCUAUCCUUAGCCCUCUCCUUCCUCGCCGCAACGACCCUCCCCUUCCUCUGUUCGAAACACACAUCCACGUUCCUCAGCAUCACCGGCCUCGCGCUCGGCGCCGGCCUGUACACCGCACGCACCCACAUGGCCAACUUCUGGAACGAGUCAAAGCAGACCAAGAUCCCGUUUGUCGAGAAGUUCAACGACGCCAUCAGGGGCAGCGAGAGGGUCGUGGCGAUCCUGGAGACACUGGCGUUUAGCUGGGGCGUGGCGGGGUGUGUGUGGGCGCUUGACUGGGAGCUGUUGGGUGUCGGGAUUUGGGGUGGCGUUACGGCUGCGAGAAGCGUGUGGAUGGUUAAGCAUGGUGCAGUUUGA